UGCCCAGGCUGCGCUCCCUGACCCGGAAGUGAAGCCGUGGUUUCCGGAAGUGAAGAGGUGGCUUCCGGUGCAAGCGGGCGUCGGUGGCUGAGCUUCUGUUGUCAGAUCAAGAAGAGCCAUGGUGUGCAUUCCUUGCAUUGUCAUUCCAAUUCUUCUCUGGGUCUACAAGAAGUUUCUUGAGCCAUAUAUCUACCCUAUAAUUUCACCUUUCAUUAAGCGCUUAUGGCCCAGGAGAGCAGCACAGGAAACAAUGACCACAAAACAAGGUCACGGUGACAGUACUGCAACUGUAGCUACAAAAAGAGACCAGAAGGAUGAUUCUGGGCCUUAUAAGUUUGAAAGCAAUGGUGUUGCAAAUGGAGUCACUGCAAAGGGACCAGCAGAGGUUUUUGACAAGAAGAAUGACUAAAGGAUUUUACUCCUUCCUAUACAAUAUGAACUGGUGAUACUGCUCUUGGAGAUUUUUUUUUUUUUUUUGCACUUUAAUCUAGAUGGAAGAGAGAUGAGUAGUACAGAAGUGUCCUCUGCCACUAAAAGGAGUAUUUAGCAGGUUCCUAUUUAAAAUGUUUGAGAAAUUUUUAAAAAUAUUUAUUCCUUACUGCAUUUUUCCCACUGAAAUUCUUCCCAUGUGUGCACUUCAGGUGACAGCUAGAUUCUAGGCAAAAAUUUUUUUUUUUUAAUGAAUAAAUGCAGCUUUGCACUGUAGAUAUCAGAUAUAUACAUAGUUGCCUUAGGAUAUAUCCAGAAUCCAUCAUUUUAUACAACCUCCUGAAUCCUGCAUUCAGUUUAAUCUCAUUGUUUUAUUCUGUAUUGGCUUCAAGUGUUGGAUUAUAUCUGCUAUAGUUUGGAACUUAUCUCCAAGGAGGUGUUCUAGCUCUUCACUUUAGGAACUAAAGGACUCCCUGCCUUUACUAAAGAUUUAUGAAUUAUGGAUACAGGUAGCUUUUUUUGGAAAAUCACCAAGGAGUUAGAGGAUGUGCCGUGUAUGCAGGCUUUUCUUAGCUUACUACAAACAAAAAAAAGGUCCUGAUUCUUCGCUUUAUUUAUUCAGCAUUGAGAGAUUGCACACUUCUGUUCUAAAGAGGAAUGGCAGGGACAUAGCAUGAAAGGACUAUUACUUCAUGUGUCAGCUGAAGCAGUUCAAAAUUGUACCAUUCCAUGUAAUACUUUAAAUUAUUCCAGAUGAAAUCAGUUUAACCUGCUUGUUUAACUUAUACAUUGAAAUAAAAUGUUUUAAAAUA